AGAACCCAUAGAGUAGACAGCCUUUCUCUGUAGCACACACAGACACACAGACCAGAACAGACUGGGGGGAAGAGAGAGGGAAACAGACGCACUGCAAAAUCCAGACGCAUCAACAGCCACCCUUGCAGCUCAAACCACCACAGCAGUGAUAGAUGGGGCCCGGAUUGUUUUGGAACUUCUCUUCAAAGGCUAACUGCUCGGUGCCGCAGAGCCUGCUGCAGACCAUGUUGCUCUCCAGGAUGGCUGGGAUGAAGGAGCAGCAAUUUACUGAGGAGAAACCCCUACUGCAAGAACAAAGAGGACAAGACACUGAGAUGGAGAACUGUGAGACCCUGAUGCCCAUUGGAGACUGGAAGGAACAUGACAUUGAGACUCCUUAUGGGAUGCUUCAUGUGGUGAUCCGUGGUGCACCCAAAGGAAACAAGCCUGCCAUCCUCACCUACCACGAUGUUGGGCUUAACCACAAGCUGUGCUUCAACAGCUUCUUCCACAAUGAGGACAUGCAGGAGAUCACCAAGCACUUUGUGGUGUGUCAUGUGGAUGCUCCUGGACAGCAGAUUGGAGCCUCUCAGAUGCCACAGGGGUACCAGUACCCCACCAUGGACCAGCUGGCAGGCAUGCUGCCCAGCGUAGUGCAGCACUUUGGAUUCAAGAGCAUUUUGGGCAUUGGAGUUGGAGCAGGCGCCUACAUCCUGGCCAAAUUUGCUCUGAUCUUCCCUGAUCUGGUGGAGGGCCUGGUGCUGCUCAACAUCGACCCCAACGGGAAGGGCUGGAUCGACUGGGCCACUGGCAAGCUGUCUGGUUUCACCAGUGCUCUUCCAGACACUGUGCUGCCCCACCUCUUUAGCCAGGAGGAGCUGAUGAACAACACAGAGCUGGUCCAGAGCUAUCGUCAACAGAUCAACAACACUGUCAACCAGGUCAACCUGCAGCUCUUCUGGAACAUGUACAACAGCCGUAGGGAUCUGGAGAUGAACCGCACCGGGACCAUCAUCAAUGCCAAGACCCUGAAGUGCCCCGUCAUGCUGGUUGUUGGUGACAACGCUCCAGCUGAGGAGGGAGUGGUCGAAUGCAAUUCCAAACUUGACCCAACCAACACCACCUUCUUAAAGAUGGCUGACUCUGGUGGACUCCCUCAGCUCACACAGCCUGGAAAACUGUCCGAAGCAUUCAAGUACUUCCUCCAGGGGAUGGGCUACAUUGCGUAUGUGAAGGAUCGGAGGUUGAGUGGUGGGCCAGUGCCCUCUGCCAGUAUGACCCGUCUGGCCCGCUCCCGGACAGCCUCCCUCACCAGUGGCAGCUCCAUUGAGAGUUCUCGUAUCCGGGGUUUUACACACUCUGACAGCAAUGAGGGCCAGGGGUGAAGUGGGAUAACUACUACCGCAGGGGUGCUUCCUGGGACUGUCUGUAAGGGGCAGGGCUUUUUUGGAGCCCAUUGCUCCAAGCUCGGAAUGUAGGGUAACACCCACCCCCAACCACCUCCAACCACCCCCAACCACCCCCAACCACCCCCAACCACCCCCAACCACCUCCAACCACCCCCAACCACCCCCAACCACCUCCAACCACCCCCAACCACCCCAACCACC